ACCAAUCAACAACAGAGGUCAAACUGCAGCCUUAACUGUCUCGAAAGUCAUUUAUUUAAACUGAAAUUUAGGGAAAAAAACUGUAAUUAUAAUAUAAAUAAAUGAACAAGAAAGGGUUAUCGAUUUUAAUGCGAGCUAAAAUGAGACCCAAUAAUGACCCAUCAAAGCUCUCUCCUUUCUCGCCUACUCUAUCUAAUGGGAUUAACCAAAUGAUGACUGAUCCUCCAAGAAAUCAACGGUCUACUGAUGAUUCACGCAGCAACUUCAGUGCUUCUGGGAAUCAUUACGAGAGGAAUUUUGAUAUAGUGAAGGACUCCAUGGGCUUGGCGAUAUCGCUGAACAAAACUGAAUCUUUGGAUGUUGUACUUGAUGAUUUCUCACAGGGUUAUUUUAGUCUUUCGAAUGAAAAUCGGAAGAAAUUGGUGAUUGUGCUUGCCAAAGAGUAUGAUCUUAAUAGGAUUCAAGUUCGUGAAUUAUUGAAGCAAUAUCUUGGACUUGAGCUUCGUAGUGGUAAUGAAGGUGAAUUGAGUAAUGUUGAUGACGAGAACAUGUUUUCUGCUUUUUAUCGGAUUGAGAGAAACUUGAGACAAGCUCUUAAGCCAACGUACAAUGUUCUUUUUGAACGACUUAAUAACUAUACUGGGGGAUUGAAGUUCUUGUCACUUCUUCGAGCGGAUAUUUUGUCUUUUCUUGGAGAGGAAAAUAUUGCCUUGUUGCGAGCAUUAGAUUCCUGCUUAAAGGAGAAACUUAGUACUUGGCUUAGUCCAGCUGUGUUGGAGCUUCAUCAGAUUACGUGGGAUGAUUCUGCUUCUUUGCUGGAGAAAAUUGUGACUUAUGAGGCAGUGCAUCCAAUCAGCAAUCUUUUGGAUCUUAAAAGAAGGUUGGGUGUUGGCCGCCGUUGUUUUGGAUAUUUCCAUCCAGCAAUACCAGGCGAGCCCCUUAUUUUCAUAGAAGUUGCACUUCUGAAGAAUGUGGCUCAGACAAUACAGGAAGUUUUGUUGGAUGUUCCUCCCAUACCUGAACAUGAGGCUGCUUGUGCAUUAUUUUAUUCUAUAUCGUCAACUCAGCCUGGCUUGGCAGGGAUCAAUCUAGGGAAGUUUCUUAUUAAACGCAUGAUUACAUUGGUGAAAAGAGAUAUGCCACAAAUAUCUACAUUUGCAACUCUAAGCCCAAUCCCCGGAUUCAUGCAAUGGUUGCUAUCUAAGUUGGCAUCUCAAUCAGUAAUUGCUAAAGUUGACAACAUGGAACAACCAACAGGUGGAUCUGGCUCCACUUUUCAGGAGAACUUACUCGAACCUGAUGAAGAAAGAAUGCUUUUGAAUUCUGCUCUGGAGACUUAUGCUGGAAAAAAUGGCAUGGAAGUGAUGCUAAACUUGCUGACAUCCAAAAACUAUGAGUGGACCAGUUCAGCCGAAUUACUUUCUGCCUUGAAGCCCCCUCUAAUGCGGCUGUGUGCCAGGUACCUUCUCCAAGAGAAGAAGAGAGGAAAAGCUCUAGAUUCCGUGGCAAAUUUUCACUUGCAAAAUGGAGCGAUGGUUGAAAGAUUAAAUUGGAUGGCAGACCGGUCAGAGAGAGGACUUCGUCAAAGUGGAGGUAUCAUGGUGAACUACGUGUACAGGGUCGAGUGCAUAGAACAAUAUGCUCAAUCAUAUUUCAGCACUGGGCAUAUACAUGCUUCAAGUGAUAUUCGCUACUAUAUCAUGGCACAGAAGGAACCUGAGGAGACCACCACAGCUUAACUUUGAGGGAUAAAAAUGCAGUAUAUAAUUUUGGUUCCAGUUUAGCUAUAUCUUGCACGUGUAGAUUACUAGAACGUGUUCAAGGAAGGACAGUUAGCUCAAUUUAUGGUAUUGGAUGAGCUUUGAUCACACAAGGCUCGCAAAGAUGCCAUACUUGUUCUGGAUUCGACCUCGGACAUUGAUGUUAUUACACGGUAUUCCUGUAACUUUCUACAUAUUGUUUUCAAAUUUCCUUGUAAUAUGAAACUAAAAACCAAUAAACUGUCUACAUUGUACACAGAUGGAACAUUAGAAAGCAUUACAAUAAAAACAUCUUUAGUGUAA